ACGCGGAACUGUUUGAGUGCGGUGCCAUGUUUUCAGCCGACGCGUGUUUAGAAGCGGCGCGGCGGCGGCCGGCAGAUCAUAAUUUUGGAGGAUUGCUGCACUGAGAUCUCUGGAGUCUGCUGUGUCUAGCCAUAAUGAGUUUGGUUGCCUAUGAAGAUUCAGACUCCGAGACAGAAACUGAAAAGACUGAAGCCCCCAAUGCUUCUGGCAGACAGACAAACCAGCUGAGUUCUUCUGUGAGUUGUGUUCAGCACUUUGCACCUAGUAGUACAAAAUCUACACAUGAAAUGCACCCUGCUGGGAGCACUGGCAGAUCUGGCUGGAGCAGGGUUUGUGAAGAUCCCCCUGAGCAUUAUGCACAGAAUAACAACACUGUCUUGGCACCUCCCUAUUGUCAGAGGGUUUACUCUGGCCAUGUUGCAAUAUCUGUGGCUUACAGAAACUAUGAACAGGCUUCAAGCUCUUCAACAAAUUCUGGAAAUGGCAUUUCCCAGAAGAGAACACAUAAAGACACCACUGCUACCCUAAAAGGAAUUAGACCAUAUAUCCCAAAAAGAUUGCGUCAAGAAAAUUCCAGUAAGCCUGAAAAAGAAGAAUCUGACCAGAGAGGUAGCUCUGAUUGUGAUGUUAAGUUAAGUGGAUCAGGAGAGCAGGCUCUGAGAAAGAUCUCUGAAUUAAUUAAGCCAUAUUUGGGAUCUAAAUAUAAAGUAACUGAAGUUCCCAAAAGCUUAAUAUUUUAUAUGUCUAAACACAGCGGCCCUGUUAAUGAAAUCCAGUGGUGUCCUGUACUGGAACAAAGUCACAUGCUUCUCUCAGCUUCUAUGGACAAAACAGUCAAGGUAUGGGAUGCUGUAGAUACAGGCUGCUGUUUAAAAACCUACUCCUGUCACUCCUGUGCUGUUCGAGCUGCCCGGUGGUCGUCCUGUGGAAGAAGGAUCCUCAGUGGGGGCUUUGAUUCCAUGCUGCAUUUAACAGAUUUAGAAACAGGGAAGCAGAUAUUUAGCAGCAAAACAGAAUUUAGGAUCAGUGCACUGAAAUUCCACCCUACAGAGUCAAAUGUUUUUAUUUGUGGAGGAUUCAGCCCAGAAGUUAAAGCAUGGGAUUUAAGGACUUCUAAGGUGUUGAGAGUGUACAAAGCUGCAGUACAACAGACUUUGGAUAUACUCUUCCUCCCUGAAGGAAGGGAAUUUCUUACCAGCACGGAUGCAGUGAGCCGGGACUCAGCUGAUCGCACCAUCGUUGCGUGGGACUUCCAGAGUGCUGCAAAAAUCUCCAAUCAGAUUUUUCAUGAGCGUUACACUUGCCCAAGUCUGACCCUGCACCCAAAGGAGUCUGUGUUUGUUGCUCAGACCAAUGGGAACUACCUGGCUCUGUUUUCUGCCCAGCGACCCUACCGAAUCAACAAAAAGAAAAGAUACGAAGGACACAAGGUGGAAGGAUUUGCAGUGGGCUGUGAAUUUUCUCCAGAUGGAACACUUUUGGUGACAGGAAGUUCAGAUGGCAAAGUGUUUUUCUACAACUAUCAUACUUCAAGGAUUAUUCGCACUUUGUCUGCACAUAAAGAAGCUUGUGUGAGUGCAAUAUUUCACCCAGUCUUGCCAUCACUCCUUGCAACAUGUGAUUGGGCUGGAGAAAUCAAGAUCUGGCAAUAACAACCAGAGUUACUUUUUAGGAUGUCUCUCUCCUGUUAGUCUGUCAGAGGCUUAGGAAAUAAGCCUGAGUAUGGAAUGUGAAAUUCUGUUGGGAUGUGUCGUAAGCAGGAGAGAGACUGUUGUGUUUCCUUCUAUGACCUCUAUGUUUAUGCUUUCAUAAUGCAGUUAAGAUGGUUUUGUGGUUAGCUGUUGAGCAAAGAAAUGGUCCUACUCUCUCCCUCAACCCUGGAGACAAAUUUUUAACCCUUUUGUGUCAAUCUUCUGGUGCUCAUCCAGUCCUAUUCUGCUUUGAGUGAGCACCUAAAUUUAAGAAAAUUAUUGCUCUUUUUAUGCAUCUUUUCAAUGCAGCUUUCUUAGACCAGGGUUUAUCACAGAAUCAUAGAAUCAUUUAGGUUGGAAAGACCUUUAAAAUCAUUGAGUCCAAGCUUUAACCCAGUACAGCCAAGUCCACCACUAAACCAUGUCCCACAGACAUGGGAAAUCUUUUAAAUACCUCCAAGGAUGGUGAUUCCACCACUACUCUGGGCAGCCUGUUCCAAUGCCUGUCAACCCUUUGGCUGAAGAAGUUUUUUUCUAUUAUCUAAUCUAAACCUACUCUGUCAGGUGGAGACUGUGUUUCCUCUUGUCCUCACCAAAAGUUGAGGACAGACUAUUUAACAGAUAAUGAUGUUCAGAUCAGUUAAUAUCUAUUCCGUCUUCCUGAGAUGUUUUUUCCCACUUUUUUGAACUGGUUUAGCUCCCUGACCUGAUCACUGGAGGAUUAGAGAAGUAAUACUGUAGUUCAAGGCAAAACAGCUUCUAUGCACAAGAAGGGGGAAGGUCACAGAGCAGGUGGGACUGCUUCUUCUGAAAAUGGAUUGUCUAUUAUCAGCUCAGCUUACUGUAAAAUGCCUUCUGAGAGUUCCAGGGAAAGGUGUGAGAGAUAGCUUGAACCUAAUUUUGAAGUCAAUACAUUUGUGGUUUUGAAAUCCUGAUGUUUAAACUUGAGCUUUAAACUUACUUUUAUGACUGUAUAAAAAAAGGAAAUGAAACUAUGUAUAAAUAUUUUUAAGGAAGAAAUAAACAUUUUUAAAAAUACAUGCUAUCUUUGUUUAUUACUUUACUCCUGUUAUUCUUGACAAGAUAGUAUAUCUUGUAUACUACACAAGAUAGUAUUCUUGACAAGCUUAUAAUGGAAUUGAUGCUUGGGGGUGAAAACAAUUAACAUUACUCUAAUUUAUUGCAAACAUAUAUCAUAGUUCUUGAUGUUGCUUGGGCACAGAAAAUUGUCAUCGUGCUGUUCAGUGCAGGGGAGGUUCUUCAGCACUCAAACAGGAGCUGGGCUAUUCUUCAGCAGAUAUAAAGUUCAUUAGGCCAUUACUAUGUAUUUACAUAUAUAGAGAUUGUAAGUGUACUUUAAAUUUGUGUUCCCUGCAAUUGUAUUACUUGGUUCUGGAAAAUAUUUGAUGUGCAUGUGUGUGUAUAUGUAUGAAAAAUAAUAUGUCUGUGCAUCACAUAAACCAUAUGUACUUGCUAAUCAUGACUCCAUAUGUUUAUAUGCAUUUAUAUGUUUAUAUGUAUUAUCUUGUAGUGAGUGCUGUGAGCUUGUCUUUGGUCUGGUUAGUCUGUAAAGGUGUUUUCACAUACACAGGAUAACUGUGCUGUGUAAAUUGUCUCUAUCAUGGAAUCCAGAAACUAUGCAUGGUAGCAACUUCUCCUCUGUAGCAUAUUUUUAUUCUUCUGAUUUUUCAUAUUGGCACAAAUGCAAGGGGUUUCUAUCCACUUCUUUGCAUGCUCAGUAAAAAAAGCUUUUUCAGAGAAAAAUUUUCAGAACGUCCUUGUGAACAGCAGAUUUUAAUUAAUUAAUGAGCAUAAUGUACUCCAUUGGUUUGUAGUUUAUGUUCCUUAUUGCUUGUAGUAAGAAAUAAGGCUAUAGCAAGGCUGUGGGUCCAGUUUGAAGUCUGGACCAAGAUAUUGUGGCUGCAUGGUUUUAAUCACCUUACCAACAGCUAUGGCAGGUUUUAACAUAGGGAAUUAAGUUUAAGUGAGUCUUGCAAUGAAAAAGCAGCUUUUUCUUUGUUUCCCAGAAUGCCCUUUAUUUCUUGCUUCCUUGUUCAGCAAUGAGUUGUUUAAGAGGAGUCUGAAGUUUGUACUUUUCUUCACUGUGCCUCUAGUAUACAAGCCAGCUGUACCUUUAAAUAGAAAGUUGUUCAGUGGUUUUGAGUUACUCCUAAUUCAAGCAGUGGGAUCCUCAUAAAAGUCAGGAGGAGGUCAGCUGGGAGUGAGGUAGCCUUUGCCUGUUGCUAGGCAGGCUGAAUCCCAACUGCACAGCAUUUUCCAAGGGGGUGGCUCUGUGUUCUUCCCUCCUGGUGUUUUAAUUCAAAAUGUACUGUUACCACUUAAAAACUUUGGGCAGCCAGGUGUGUCUUAUAUGAAUGAUGGGCAGCACUGUAAUUGUUCCUGUUACAACCUGGUAUCUGUCUCCAUGGGAGAUUAUCUGUUAUUUUGUUAAGUACAGCCUUGAGAAAGGCCUCUAAAAUAAAUGUGAGCUCAUGGUAGAAAUGCUUCUUUGGAAGAAGCCUGAGGUGAUGUGAACACUUCCCUCUAUGUGAGUGAGCUCUCAGCACACUCAGCCUCAGUGGGAGCACGUCUGGAUAGAGGGAAGGUCCUGAGAGAGCAGUCUGGGAAUCACUGCCAAGAAAAGUAACUGCAUUUUGUACGAUUACCCAUGCUGCUGCUUAAGUUUAACUUCUGUACUGAGGUGUGAUUCUGGUGUCUAGAAUUUAUCCCUCCUGAAAUUAUCUUGCAGGUAUAAAUUGUAGACUAUUUGAGGGGUGGAGAGGGAGGGAAAAGCUUAAAUUUGAUUAAAGGUAGUACAGAAAUAAAAAACUUGAAACUGUAUAAUCUUAAGGAAUAUUGAAGUUAGAAUUGCAUUUGUGUGAGAUUUCCAAGAUGGCUGGAGUUUAAUUAUUUACAAGAUCCAGUCAGAGGUUUUAUAGUGCAAUGAAAUUAUUUUCACAAGGUUAUCUUUCUAAAAUCUCUUUCUAAUAUAAAACUGAUUAAGACACAUACUGAAAUUUAGUCAUUGAAAAUACUUCAGAAGAGUGGUAUCAAUUAAGUUUUCAUUAUGAUUCAAGCACAAAUUCUUCCUUGUUAUCUUAUGUAAUGAACUGUAAUCAAAAAAUAUCCACAUUAUUCCAUCACUCUGCAAUUACCAAAUACUGUUUGGGCUGUAUACAAGGAUUAUUAUGGUCAGAUGAAGCUUUUAGAAUGUAAUAAAUUGUUGGUUAAUUAAUUUUAUUCAUAAAAUUGUAAUGUAUAAAUUUUUGAGUCUUGCUUUAGGAAAAAUUCUUUUAGAUUUAUAUAGAGGUCUCUAGGGCAUCAUGUGUUAGAGCCAAGGCAGAGUUUUCCAGCAUUUUGAAAUGGUCUAGCCUGUGUAGAUAAACAAGCCAGAUUAAUUUUAAUCUAUUUUGUACUGUACCAAAAAGUAAUAAUGCCAGUCUCUACCACUUUAUUAUUUGCUACUGGAGCAUUAUUAAUUUGGGGUGUCAGAGGAUGCAAGCUAUUCAACUGUCUUUAUCUCAAAAACCUGCUAAUUAGCAGACAGUUAUUAGAAUCAUUGUGUUCACUCAGCUGAAAUACUGUUGGUGAGUCACUAUAUUUCAGCUAUUGGCUUCAUCAUAAAAAUAAGGUAUGGCAUGACAAUGGGAUUACUUGUUCUGUAGGGGACAGGCAAAUGUAAAGGUACAACACUACAGCAGAACAGAACAAAGCAGGCAGAUCAAAAAAUUGUGGGAUCUCAAAUUACCCAUUAUCCUUACAUAAGGGUUUGGCCUGCACUCAACUGAAAAUAUUUGCUCUUCUUUCUUCAGCUAGCCUUGAUCUCAGUCUCUGAAUCCCAGCUCCUCCUAGACACUGCUUGCAUCCUCACCAUUUAAUUUUCAUUUUUUCUGUCCUUGUCUCAGCACCUUGUCUUCUGCAUUUAAAGGUAGAGCAGUCUAUGUGCUUUCACUACAUUCAUCUUCUCUUUUUUUUUACUGUGCUCUGACUUGAGACUUUCAGGCUUUCAUUCCAGCUGUCAUUAGAAAGGUAGGCAGAAAUCCCAGAGCACUCUGCACUCCAUUCUUUCCUGUUUUCCAGUUUUAAUGAGGCUUAUUAUUUUUGGAGAGUCUCCCCUUUUCUUAGCCUCUCCUCUGUCUGCUUCUCUUUCUACUUUUGAUUACUGCUUUACUGUCUUGCAGAUCCUUUUUAUUAUAUCAGUUCCUACAAGGUUUACCUUGUCAGGAGUGCACUUUUGUGGGAAAAAAACCCAAAGAAACCUCACCUGCCAACCCUCAGAGUUAUUGCCACUUACAGUGCUUUAGCUCACAGGGUGUGCAAACUGUGUUGCCCUCAAAUGAAUUUAAAUGAGGAGAUAUGCUCUAAGACCAUGUUUAAUAUGUCCCAGCUGGGGGGACUAAACUGGGGAUAGUUCAGACUAUCCCCCACUCCCCAAAUGCUUGUAGGUUAGAUACUGUGAUUUCAGAAGUGAGACAAACUAAACAUUUACUGUUGUUGGGCAGUACUACUUGCAAACAUGAAUGUAGCCCCAGGAGCUUCAAAGAGUCUUUGGUGUUUUCCCCUUUCUUUGAUAAAUUUCUCACUGCUCUCUUCAUUUCUCACCUCUCUGUGCAGAGUGGCCACAGUCUGAUCUUUUCACACUUCAAAGAAUUGAAAUGCAGGGAGUUAGUUUAUGAGGGGGAAAAAAAGGCACUUUUAGAGGUGCUUGAUCUCCAGUGGCAGUAAGAUGAGCUGGCUCUGCCCCAGAGCUUGGUGAAUCCUGCCACAUGUGCAGAAUGACCCAGCUGGGACAGAGCAGCCUGGCAUGGAUGGGAAUGAUGGGUCUCUGGAGGGGGGUAGGAUUCCCUGUACUGGAUUUGGGUGGAGGUUUAAAGGAACUCAUCUUAUUCACCUCCCUUUCCCAUCCCUGGGUGUCCUACAUUAGCUCAUUUAGAAGCCUACCAGAAAGUAUCUGGGUACUGCCCAGAGAUGAUAAAGUUUCAGCUGAAGGUAAUUCUCACUACAUUUUCAUGGCUUUGCAAAAGUGCCUCUUAAAACCCAUCUGAAAACUUUUUCAGGACGACUUUGCAGAAGGUUGAAGUUCACCAAGGUUGAAAGUGCCCAAAGUUAUGCUCCAGACAGUUUCAGCUAGAUCUUUUUGUCUCCAAUUUCCAUCAGCAGGGCAGCAAAACUCAGGUAUCAUUCUCAGGAAGAUUUCUACUGAGAAAUUGUUUGAAGUGCAUCCUUAGGAGAGCAGCUUAUGUAACAACUUGUGCUUAAGUGUACCUUGUCUGGUACAAACCAGCUUACAUUGAGAAAGCAAUUUCCCUGUGUUCAGAUUAGUACCACUUAUUUAAAAGCAAGUAGCAAAGAAUUGUCUCUGAAUAUAAUUUAGCUAUAUUUCACCAUGAACUAUGUUAUCUUUAUGUUUUAUUGUGUAACCACCCUCCUUUGUUGGCUUGCCACUAAGAGUUGUAAGUCAAUUCCACACCUCUUCCACCUCAUGGUCUGUAGGAAACUAGUUUAGUUGAAUAUGAGGCACAAAAUGUCAUAGCUUACAUAUAUGUAAUAGAGCAAAUAAAAUUUUUAUUUAUUUAUUUUCAUUUAUAUAUAUGUAAUAGAGCAAAUAAAAUUUUUAUAUUAAUUCCCUUUCCUUGCUUUUUUAAUCCUUGCUA